AUGGGAGUUCAGGUUGAGACGAUUACGCCCGGUGACGGAGUGUCUUUUCCCAAAAAUGGGCAGACCGUUGUUGUCCAUUACACUGGCACUCUUACUGACGGAAAGAAAUUCGAUUCGUCCAGAGAUAGACAGCAGCCCUUCAAAUUUGUUCUUGGGAAGGGUGAGGGUGUUUCUAAAAUGUCCCUUGGUCAGCGCGCAAGGCUGAUAUGUUCGCCUGACUACGCUUAUGGAGAAGCAGGCUACCCCGGCGUCAUCCCGAAGAAUGCCACACUUCUUUUUGACGUCGAGCUUAUCUCUUUUCGCUAA